AAAAAAGAACAAAAACCACAGUGUUUUUUUUCUGAGAGCAACCAUCAUAAAGAUGCAAUAUCAAAGCACUUCCACAAAUGCAAAGCUGACCUACCCUCUACAGCCAGUACCAGAGCAUUUUCUGGGUAUUGGAGAGCUUGGUAAUUAAUACCAAUACAUAGUACAUAGAGAAGAUGGAAUGUGAAAAUUGUGGAGCAGAAAGUAUUAUAUAAGGUAUGGAAGAAGAGUGAAGACCUUGAAAUUGGAAGAAUUGUCCAAGUCACAAGAAACUGUAGAAAACCCUAGCUGUUCUGUGUUUUUAAUGCAUUAUUGCUAAGUGGUUUGCAAAUAACACGAUAUUGGUUGACUUCUUGGUAAAGGUUUGUUUCUCUUUUAUAAUCUUUACUGUCGGUUUUUAGAUUUUCUUAAAUUUUUGUGGGGAAUCCGGGCUUAAUAUGGGGCAGAAUGUCUUUACUAUGCCAUCUUCUUGAAAAAGAAAAUAGCACUCCUACAACACAAGGUGGCGCUGCAGGCUAAAAAGAGGAAAGGAAAGGGCCAGGGAAGGGGGCUAAAACCGCACAAAGGAUGGACUAGGUUUCUCACAAAGCCAUAGGAAAUGACACAGCAGCAGCAAGCGCUGGGAGAAGGUGCCUCUGUCUUUUCACAGGACUUGCUAAUGUCCUCAUAAAUCCUAAGGAUUCUGCGGCUGUCAUUCCAGGGAACUGAAUUUUGUUUUUAUUUUGUAAGUCUUAGGAAGAAUGGAGGCCAGAUUGGACCGAGCUAUGCAGAAAAGGCAAGUACUGUUUUUUUGUGUAUUUCUGGGAGCAUCUUGGGCUGGCUCCAACAAGCUUCAGUAUUUGGUGGCAGAGGAAGCUGAGAGAGGCACUUUCGUGGCCAAUCUAGCUAAGGACUUAGAGUUGGAGCUGGGGGAACUGUCAGCUCGGGGCGCUAGAAUUGUUUCCGACCAGAACACGCGGGUUUUAGUGCUCAGUCCUCUCACUGGAGACCUAAUUCUAAAUGAAAAGCUGGACCGGGAGGAACUGUGCGGCCCCACAGAGCCGUGUGUUCUGACUUUCCAGUUGCUGCUGGAAAACCCAUUUCAGAUUCAUCUUGCUGCACUGCAUGUCGGAGAUAUAAAUGACAAUUCCCCAGUAUUUCUAGACAAAGAAAUUUCCUUGAAAAUAUCAGAAAGUACGACACCAGGGACUACGUUUCUCUUGGAGAGGGCACAGGAUUCCGACGUGGGGACGAACAGCCUGAGUAACUACACCAUCAGUCCAAAUGCAUAUUUCCACAUUCACGUGCAUGACGGAGGGGAGGGUCCGGUCUUUCCUGAGUUGGUUCUGGAUCAAACGCUAGACCGAGAAGAAUUAGCAGAGUUCACUUUAACCCUUACAGCCUUAGAUGGUGGAUCCCCUCCCAGAUCUGGGACAGCACUGGUGCGAAUCCUGGUUUUAGACAUAAACGACAACUCCCCUGAAUUCGUGCAGUCCCUCUACAAAGUCCAGUCACAUGAAAACACUCCUAUUGGCUCCUUUGUUGUUGCUGUGUCUGCCAGGGAUUUAGACACGGGAAGUUACGGACAGAUAGCAUACGCAUUUUUUUAUGCCACUGAGAGAAUUCUCCAAACGUUUCAAAUCAAUUCUACAACUGGCAAAAUUUAUCUUAAAGGUGAACUCAACUAUGAAGCCAUUCAAAGUUACUCAGUAACUAUACAAGCCAAAGAUGGCGGGGGACUUUCUGGGAAAUGCACUGUAGUUGUACAGGUAAUGGAUGUGAAUGAUAACCCACCUGAACUUCUCUUGUCGUCACUUACCAGCCCAAUUGCUGAAAACAAACCAGAGACAGUCGUUGCUGUUUUCAGAAUUAGAGACAGAGAUUCAGGGAACAACGGUAAAACCAUGUGCUCCAUUCCACAUGAUCUCCCUUUUGUCCUAAAGCCAUCUGUGGAAAAUUUCUAUACUCUAGUAACAGAGAUGCCUUUAGAUAGAGAAUUGCACACUGAGUAUAACAUCACCAUCACAGCCACCGACCUGGGCACACCCAGGCUCACAACCCAACACACCAUAACAGUGCAGGUGUCUGACGUCAACGACAACGCCCCCGCCUUCACACAAACCUCCUACACCCUGUUUGUCCAGGAGAACAACAGCCCCGCCCUGCACAUAGGCACCAUCAGCGCCACAGACUCAGACUCAGGCUCCAAUGCCCGCAUCACCUACUCGCUGCUGCCCAGCCACGACCCGCAGCUGGCCCUGGACUCGCUCAUCUCCAUCAAUGCGGACAACGGGCAGCUGUUCGCGCUCAGGGCCCUGGACUAUGAGGCCCUGCAGACCUUUGAGUUCCGCGUGGGCGCCACAGACCAAGGCUCGCCCGCUCUCAGCAGCCAGGCACUGGUGCGCGUGCUCGUGCUGGACGCCAACGACAAUGCGCCCUUCGUGCUCUACCCGCUGCAGAAUGCAUCUGCGCCCUGCACAGAGCUGCUGCCCAGGGCGGCGGAGCCAGGAUACCUGGUCUCCAAGGUGGUGGCUGUGGACCGCGACACUGGCCAGAACUCCUGGCUGUCAUUCCAGCUGUUCAAGGCCACAGAGCCAGGGCUGUUCAGCGUGUGGGCUCACAAUGGCGAGGUGCGCACCUCCAGGCUGCUGAGUGAGCGCGAUGCUCCCAAGCACAGGCUGCUGCUGCUUGUCAAGGACAAUGGCGACCCUCCCAGGUCUGCCAGUGUCACUCUGCAUGUGCUACUGGUGGAUGGCUUCUCUCAGCCCUACCUGCCUCUGCCCGAGAUGGGGCGCGAACCUGCACAAGGCGACGAUGCACUCACGCUGUACCUGGUCAUCGCCUUGGCAUCUGUGUCUUCGCUCUUCCUCUUGUCUAUGCUGCUGUUCGUGGGGGUGAGGCUGUGCAGGAGGGCCAGGGCGGCCUCUCUGGGUGGCUGCUCUGUGCCUGAGGUACACUUUCCUGGUCACCUAGUGGAUGUCAGCGGUGCGGGUACCUUGUCCCAGAGCUACCAGUAUGAGGUGUGUCUGGCUGAAGGGUCAGGGAUAACAAGCGAAUUUAAUUUCCUAAAACCAAUUGCCCCCAACUUCCUAACUGAAAGCAUAGGAAGAGAAGCAGAAUAAACACUAGCCCCUUCUGCCUGUGGAUUUAGCCCCCGUUUAAAGUAUGCCCUGUAGGAGAAUGAUUUUAUGCUAAUGUCUUGAGAUUAAUUAAAUUAGGUCAGAAAAGAAUGCCUUUGCUUACUCCCAAGAACUUUCUCUCAAGCAUGAUCUCGAUUUUAAUUUGAUUCCUCUUUGUUUUUAAGCAUUUGUUAAAUGGCAGUCUAUUGAAUGACAAAUCUUGCUAGGAAUGAUUUAAACUGUUUUUCCAUCUAAUUUCGUCAUUGAUACUUACAUUCUGACUUGAUUGAAAUCACAUGUAAAAAUCCCUACCUUACAUUUUUGGAGUUCAUACUACACAGAGUUUUCUUAAGUUUAUUAAGUAAUUACCGUGCACCACACAUAAUUUCAUCACCUUUUAGAGAUAUGGUCUCUCUGUAUCCAGGAUGGCUUUGAGCUGUUGAUCCUCCAGCCCCAGACUCCCAAACUGCUUGCAUGAUAGGCAUCAGCCUAUAUUACUGCUAUGAUUCAGAAGAAACCAAUGAGUAGAGGUAUUUCAAUAAUGAGCAGGUAGAUGUUCAUAGCAAUUUGCUAAGUUCCACAAUCAUUAACUGGCAAAGGAGAGCAUCUCCUAAUUCUUUGUGGUGUUUUUCUCUUGUUUGAAGUGUGAGAGAGUCCUCAUUCUUUCCACCUCCAGGCAGGUGACUUUACAACACCUGUUAUGCUGUUUUCUAUCACUAGGGGUCAUCUGUCAUACUCACAUUGCUCCCCAGUCUCUCCUGUGUUCAGAAAUAGCUAUGCUCCUCUUGGCCUGUAGUCUUAUUUCCUUAUAAACUGACAAUCCCUAUUCUUGGGUUUAUUGCCUAACUAUUAAAACUAUGAAUUAACUAAAGCUCAAGUUCUAAAAGGUUGGGUUCUGAGCAUGGUGUAACAUGCCUUUAAUCCCAGUACUUGGGAGGCAGUCACACAGGGGGAUCUCUGUGAGAUUGAGAUCAGCCUGGUAUACAAUGAAAGUUUCAUGACAGCCAAGGGUGCAUAUAGAGAUCCUGUAUAGAGGGGGAGGAGAGGGAGAGAGGGGCAGGAGGAGGAGGAAGAGGUGGAUGAAGAGGAUUUCUCCAUCAAAUUUCCAUACAUUUUGGGGUUACUCUCCCUCCACAUCUAUUUCUCAUUUGUAGGAUGAUGAGUUCACAGAAAAACUAGAAAUCUAGAUACUAAUGUCUCAUCUGUAGUUGAAGAAACUAGGGCAGAGAGAUUAAAUGAUUUUCCCAAGCA